AUGGAGCCCGGACAGAAGCCGGACGAUUACAUCAACCAGAAGCACCUCCUUCGGCACAAGGUCCAGCAGAUGGGGGAGAAAAUCUCGGACAGCUACUUCAAGGACAUAGAAGAAUGCGUCACAGGAUUCACCGACGAGAGCAAGGACGUGAAGAUGACUGUGUACCGCGACCCAAACUUCAACGUCAACCAGAUGCAGACCACCAUGCGUCACAUGUUUCUGGACGAGCAGUCUCGCAAAUGGUCCAAGGGCGGCAUCGCCGGCCGCGACUUCGCCAUGGUCACAACCACAUCAGAGCAAACGAGUCAUUUCGGCUGCGGAGAGAAGAGACACAUCCGCCGGAACUGCCCCCAAAGGAGAGGGCAGAGACAGAGGAAGACCAAACCAAGAGUGGUCGACAACGUGACACUCAACGGUUGGGAGGGGUUCCAGAAUGAGAAGGUGGAACGGGCAACCAAAGGCCUCAAGAACUGGGAGGCACCCGGCCAUGACUCCAUUCCUACCGAGUUGCUCAAGAUCGAUGACGACAAUCCCUUCUUCCUGGGGCACCUCCAUAACAUCCUCGUAAAGGUGUGGAACGGAGGAGAUACUCCGCUAGAGUGGGAGGAUGCAACCAUCAAGGUGCUGUACAAGAAGGGUGAUCGUUUCAACUAUUACAACUACAGGGGUAUCCCGCUACUAUCUCACGUCGGCAAGGUCCCCAUCAAGAUCAUCACCAACCGUCUAAGCGCCUUCUGCAAAGCCAACAAUAUCCUUCUGGACGAACAGUGCGGGUUUCGACCCGGGCGAUCCACCGUCGACAUGCUGUUCGUCGUGCGCCGACUUCAAGAGCUGGGGCGGAGAAGUAUCGUUCUACAUGUGCUUCGUCGACUUGACGAAGGUAAAUGAUUCGGUGGACCGAGAGAUGCUGUGGAAGGUGCUGACUAAGGCCGGGAGUCCCGCGAAGCUGAUCAAAGUCAUCCGCCAAGUCCACGAUGGAAUGCGGGCCCGGGUGCGCAUGGGCGAUGGAGAACUAUCGGACUGGUUCUUUGUGACACAGGGCGUGCGACCAGGAUGUGUGCUAUCCCCACUGCUGUUGACCAUCUUCUUCGCCGAGGUCCUCGAGGUCGUUGUCAUCCGAUUCAGCAAGGAUGAUGUUGUUGUGCGAAGCCUGGUGUGCUUGGAGGAGGGGAAGACGGAAGCGGGGGGGGGAAGAGACACCCCGUGACCGAGUACGGAGGGCAGUAUGGGGGAUGCUGUAUGCCGAUGAUGCCGGCGUCGUACCGACGUUUGCAGAAGGACCGCGAGAAUGAUGACCAUGAUCGUUGAGGUGUUCGGGGAGUUCGGGCUAACGGUAUCGGAGAAGAAGACGGAAACACUCCUGAUGCGCGCGGAGGACAAGUCGGCUACAACACCACAGCCCCCCCCCGCCUCCAUCGCUGACCAUCGAAGCCGCGGGACAACAAUACGCCCAGACGACCGAGUUCCGGUACCUCCGUGGCCUCGUCAACGAACAUGGCGACCUCACCCGAGAGAUCAACUACAGGAGCAGAGGAGCGUGGGCGUGCCUCAGGCGAUAUGGCCGGGAGCUCUUCGCCAGACCGAAAACGCCAUUUCGGCUCAAGAUCUGCCUACUCCAGGCGGAGGCGAUGGAGGCACUGCUGUACGGCUGCAUGGCAUGGUCACCACUC